UUGGUGUAUUUACUUCAGAAAACGAGAAAGCUGAACAAAACUUGUUUCGCCUGGUGAAUUAUUCUGUUUUUGUGCGAAAUCCUUAACAAAUUACCCAAUUUGAACCGAUCAAAUAUGAGUCGCAGAAGACAAGCCAGCACGUCCUCUUCGGAAGAUAGCAGCAUAGAUAGCGAGGAGGAAGCCCGUCGGAGAGACAUCCAGGAACGGGAUGAGUUUUCGCAAAGACUUAAGAAGAAAGAUGAGGACCGAACGAGGAAGGUGGUGGAGUCGACUAGCCGGAAAGCAUACGAAGAGGCAGCCAAACGGUUGAAGCUGGAGGCCGACGACCGAGACAAGCUAAUGCCCAAACUUCGAAUCCAGUCUCGUCGACAGUAUUUGGAAAAACGUAAAGAUGACAAAGUUGCUGAGCUCGAGGCCGAUAUCCUUGACGAUGAAUACCUGUUUGAAGAUACGGAAAUCACCGAACGGGAACGUCAGGAUAGAGAGUACAAGAAGAAUUUGCUGCAGAUUGCUAAGGAGCAUGAGAAGGCACGGGAACUGGAGCGCAUUCAACGAUAUCAUAUGCCGAAAGAUAUCAAGAAGGGCGAAAAAGAGGAGUAUGUCGAAGUGGAUGAACGCGAAAAGAUGCCCAACUCGGAACAAAAGAAAUGGGAAGCGGAACAAUUGGCAUCAGCGGUCUACAAGUUUGGAUCUAAAGACGCUAAAGCUAAACAGCAGGAAGAAUAUGAACUGUUGUUGGACGACCAGAUUGAUUUUGUUCAAGCAUUACGGCUAGACGGAACGAAGUCGAGGGAUGACAAACCCCGAGUCACCGAAGCGGAACGAAAGAAGAUGGAUAUUGAAGAAACCAAGAAGUCGCUUCCGGUGUUUCCGUUCAAAGAAGAUCUAAUUGCUGCCGUCAAGGAACAUCAGAUUUUGAUUAUUGAAGGUGAAACCGGGUCAGGAAAAACGACCCAAAUUCCACAAUACCUCUAUGAGGCCGGAUUUACCAACGAUGGUAAAAAAAUUGGCUGUACCCAACCGCGUCGUGUAGCAGCCAUGUCCGUCGCGGCACGUGUCGCACAGGAAAUGAGCGUUAAGUUGGGCAACGAAGUUGGCUACAGUAUUCGAUUCGAAGACUGCACCUCGGAAAGAACAGUCAUCAAGUACAUGACAGACGGUACGCUUCACCGGGAGUUUCUUUCCGAGCCAGAUCUUGGAUCGUACAGUGUCAUGAUUAUCGAUGAAGCUCACGAAAGGACAUUGCAUACGGAUAUUCUUUUUGGCUUGGUAAAAGACAUUGUAAGAUUUCGGGUUGAUUUGAAGCUGUUGAUAUCUAGUGCAACGCUAGAUGCGGAGAAGUUUUCGGAAUUUUUCGAUGAUGCGCCUAUUUUUAGAAUCCCCGGAAGGCGUUUUCCUGUCGAUAUUUACUACACUAAAGCUCCCGAGGCUGAUUAUAUCGAUGCGUGUGUUGUAUCCGUCUUACAAAUCCAUGCUACUCAACCGCUAGGAGAUAUUCUGGUUUUCCUAACUGGUCAGGAAGAAAUAGAAGCUUGUCAGGAAAUGCUGCAGGAUCGCGUUAAACGGCUGGGCUCCAAACUAAAGGAGCUGUUGAUUCUACCCAUCUACGCUAACCUUCCGUCGGAUAUGCAAGCGAAAAUAUUCGAACCUACACCUCCAAACGCACGCAAAGUGGUGUUGGCUACAAAUAUCGCCGAAACAUCGCUUACCAUCGAUAACAUCAUUUACGUAAUUGAUCCUGGCUUUGCAAAGCAAAAUAAUUUCAAUUCUCGCACAGGAAUGGAAACCCUUAUGGUGGUUCCGAUUUCCAAGGCGUCCGCUAACCAACGAGCUGGAAGGGCAGGUCGAGUGGCACCGGGCAAAUGUUUCCGAUUGUACACUGCUUGGGCUUACAAACAUGAACUGGAAGAUAAUACUGUUCCGGAAAUUCAACGGAUAAAUCUGGGCAAUGCUGUGCUGAUGCUAAAGGCAUUGGGUAUUAAUGAUUUGCUGCAUUUUGAUUUUCUGGAUCCUCCGCCCCAUGAGACUUUAGUUCUAGCAUUGGAACAACUGUACGCUUUGGGAGCUCUCAAUCAUCAUGGAGAGCUUACAAAGUUAGGUCGUCGAAUGGCUGAAUUUCCUGUCGAUCCUAUGAUGGCCAAAAUGUUGCUUGCAAGUGAAAAAUACAAAUGCUCUGAAGAGGUUGUUUCAAUUGCUGCUAUGCUUUCCGUAAACGGGGCUAUCUUCUACCGACCGAAGGAUAAAAUCAUACACGCUGAUACAGCCAGGAAAAACUUUAAUCAUGUGCACGGUGACCACCUUAGUCUACUCCAGGUGUACAAUCAGUGGGCUGAGACGGACUACAGCACCCAGUGGUGUUACGAGAAUUACAUACAGUUUCGUUCGAUGAAACGGGCACGUGAUGUCCGCGAACAGUUAGUAGGGCUGAUGCAGCGAGUUGAAAUUGAAAUGGUUUCAGGUUUGCCGGAGACGAUCAACAUACGAAAAGCGAUCACCGCCGGCUACUUUUAUCACAUUUCGCGCCUUUCGAAGGGUGGCAAUUAUAAAACUGUAAAACAUAACCAAACGGUAAUGAUACAUCCAAAUUCCGCACUAUUUGAGGAUUUGCCACGGUGGGUCUUGUAUCAUGAGUUAGUUUUUACCACCAAAGAAUACAUGCGAUCGGUCAUCGAAAUCGAAAGUAAGUGGCUGCUGGAAGUGGCUCCCCAUUAUUACAAACCGAAGGAGCUGGAAGAUUCGACUAAUAAGAAAAUGCCCAAAACCGUUGGACGGGCAACGCUAACCGAAGCGUAGUUACUUCUAUCCGGUAUGAAGCCAAGCUGUGAAUAUUUGUAUUUUCAUUUUAUAUAAUAAGCCCUA